GACGGCAAGCAGUAGUGAGCCGGGUGCUGCGGGAGGUACUUGCCUCAAACCGUCGCUAGCAUGGCGCAGUGUAGCCUCUGAUGGAAGGUACAGAACACAAGCUGUGACCUUACAACCCAACAAAUACUGAAGGCUGCAACAGUUAUGACUCCUUUGUGGCAAGUUGUGAUGAUAGUGUGCAUGAUGACCAAAGGACACAGUAUGCCGAUGGAAGAUACUGCAAAGUCUGCCAAAGACAGCUUGCUGACUGCAGAGCAUAACAAUACCAUGCUCAUCAAGGCACAAGAUGACAGCUCUACACAUUCUAAUCCUCCACAAGAACAUGGACCUUCCAUUACUGAAAUAACACAUCACAGAUUAGCAUCAUCAGUAAAGUAUCCUGACCAUGCUAGUAUGCUUCCCAUUGUCCGCAACAGAGGAGAAAACUGCAAAGGGCCUGGGGUAUUUCCAGAUCCUACAAACUGCCAGUUUUUUACAUUCUGCAUCCAUCAGUUUCAAGGUUCCCAUCCAUUCCUACAAACUUUAAAUACCUGUGAAAAAGGCUUCCACUUCAAUGCAUUGAUAGCCAACUGCAUUAAAGGGGAGUGCUUAGAAGUGGACAUUGGUCCCCCAAGCCACGAUCCACCACCACCAUCUCCAUCUCUAACUGAGAUUCCCAGUUGGUCCAUUAACACCCCAGCAUGGUUUGAGCAGACACCCUGGUGGUUUGAGGUGCCCCCACCCUGGUAUCAAAUCCCACCUUCCUGGCUAAAACCAAAUGAUUUGACUGAACAAAUACAGGUUGAAGCAGGACCAGGUCUUGAAAUUCACAAGCCAGACCAGAUCAUUAAAAAUGUUGGAGUGCCAAACCAGUCCUCGCCUGACGGGAAAGAUGCUCCCUUCUACAACGAUAAUAAAUCACUACGAGUCCAUAUUCCAAUCAGCAUUGUGCAACAGUGACCUGCAAGGUGCAAAGGACCCAGAGUGCCAACAAUGAACUUUCAUAAUGAGCUCACUUUAACAAAUGUGCAACCACUAUUAGUUUCUUAAUAAUAUGAGUACAUUUUUCCAAAAUAUGUCUAUUCAUCUAUCUAUUUAUCUACUUAUCUGCAGGUGCAAGUGUGUGUGUGUGUGUGUGUGUGUGUGUGUGUGUGUGUGUGUGUGUGUGUGUGUGUGUGUGUGUGUGUGUGUGUGUGUGUGUGUGUGUGUGUUACCUAGUUGUAAUUUACAGGGCCUGAGCUAUGCUUGUGUGGUCCCAUCUCCAUAUCUACACUUGUCUAGUUUUUCCUUAAAGUUGUGCACACUUGUUGCCAAUACUACAUCCUCACUGAGUUUACUCGAUAAUUCUAUAUUUCUCAAUGGGAAACUGUUUUUUUUUUGUUUUUUUUUAUGUUAUUCAAGUACCUUCCUUUUCUUAGUCUUCUGGUGGGGCCUUCUGUGUAUCUGGCAUUUUCUACUUCUCUUAGCAAUAGUUUCUCAUUAUCAAUUUCUUCCACUCCAUUCCACAAUUUAUAAAUUAAUAUUAAAUCUGUCCCCUUCUCUUCUUUGUUCCUAUGUUGGCAGAUUCAUUUCCUUUAACCUGUCUUCAUAUAUUAAUUCCUCCAGUUCUGGAAGCAUCUUCAUUGCCAUCCUUUGUAUUCUUUCUAGUUUUUUGCAUGUUUUUUCUUGUGGGGAGACCACACUGGUUCAGCACAUUCUAGCUUUGGUCUAAUCAUCAUGGUAAUUACCUUUCUCAUCGUUCUUUAUUCGUGUAGUAGAAUGCUGUUCCAAUAUUUCUCACCAUUCUAUAUGUAUCUCUGAAUAUCUUUUCUACACUCUUCUCUGACUGUUGACUAUCCUGUAUUAUCACUCCCAGAUCUUGCUCGUCUUGUACUCUUAUUAUUUCUUCAUUUUCCAUUUUAUAUGUCCAUUUUGGUCUCUUUUCACUUUUUGCCAUUUCUAUUACAUAACAUUUUUUCACAUUAGAUUCCAUCUCCCAUUUCUUACUUCAGUCCCAGAUCUUAUUCAAAUCUUUUUGUUGAAUUUCAGUCUUUGUUGUUUCUCAUGUCUUUAUAAUUUUGCAUUGUUUGGAAAACAAACUCACGUAACUCUUUAAUCCUUCAGGUAUAUCAUUUAUGUAGAUCAGGAAAAGUGUGUGUGUGUGUGUGUGUGUGUGUGUGUGUGUGUGUGUGUGUGUGUGUGUGUGUGUGUGUGUGUGUGUGUGUGUGUGUGUGUGUGUGUGUGUGUGUGUGUGUGUGUGUGUGUGUGUGUGUGUGUUUGUGCAUGCAUGUGUAUGUGUGCACAAGAUUACUAGCCUUUAUCAAACUUUAAAAUUAUUGGAAUAAAUUAUUUCAUAAAAAAAUGUUUUUAGCUUCUCCCAAAUCACUACUUUCAUCCUGUUCCAUGAGUGAUCACCACACACUUGUACAUGUGAGGAGGCAGUAUUCUCUGAAUAACAUCACACAUGAUUAUGUAGAAUUCUAUAUAAUUUCUAGCAAGAUCACUAUUGCAAAUGUGUGUGUGAAUGUACACAUACAAACACAUGCACACACACACAGCCAUCACCUUGCAUUAUACAAGUAUCUAUACAUCUUGACCCACCCACUCACAUUGUCUGUUAUUCUGAAUCCAUGCUUAACAAACCCAUAAUUGGUUAAAAAUUAAUGGAAGAGCAUAUCAAAUUUUCUGUUACAAAGUUCAAGGAUCAAACUCCAAAACUCAUCUUUUAAAAGUACAAUGUUAUAACCUCUUGGCUAAAGUUGACAUUAACCCCGACCACUUACCUACUCAGGAUCAUACACACAUCAUCCAUGGGAUAGCAAUAAAGCAAUAAACAACA